AUGUCUCUGAAAUUAUUUUUAUAUUUUAUUUUGCUCAACAACGUGAAAGGUGACAGAUUCCAUCUAGGAGACAGAUUGUACGUUAACAGAAGAUUUGAAGAUAUAUACACAAAUCACAGAAAUCCCGAAGAAGUUUUACAUAGCUAUAGAGAUGUUUACGAAGUACCUUACAGAACCCCGAAAAGAAUAUAUCCAGAAAAAAUAUCAUUAGGUAGUUUUGAAACAAAUGCAGAUCUCGAUAGAAUGGAUUUUCAUUAUCCUCAAGUAGAAUUUAUGACGAAGAACGAUAAUCUAGUAUCAGAAUACGGAGAUUUUGAUAAUGGCUAUAGUUUCACGCAAAGUCAAACAGUGCCAAAUCGAAUUGAAAGCACGGAGAAACCUUUCCCGAGGAAUCCACGUCUGAAGCAAUCUAAACAAAACUAUACAGUACGUACUUACAAACCAGUAAGAUUAUCUUAUGUUCAGAAGAUAACAAAACCGCAAUCAAACAAAGUAAUCACUAGUAACAAGAUUUCAAAAUAUGCUGAGCUAUUAACAGAUGCAACAGAAACAACCACUAAAGCUAUUAAAACCCAGGACAAGAUCACAGGACUGUUAAAAAAGUAUUUAGCAAAUCUGUACACGAAGAAGUACAACUCCACGAAUCUAGACAGUGCAGAAACAGCAACAGGUUUUCCCAACGACUUUGAGUCUUCAGAAGGAUCUCCGGAAACAAAACUUUUCUUAAACAAUCAGCUAGUAACAAAGAAAAAGAAUAAAAUUAACAAAAUCAAGAAGUUGUUUAGUUUGUUUACGAUUGUCCAGUUCAACAACACUCAGUGUAACGCUACAAAUGAAGUUGGCUCAUAUCUUGGUUUAUGUUAUACUGCUGCAGAAUGUUCUAAUCUAGGUGGUACCGCUGUUGGAAACUGUGCUAGUGGAUAUGGAGUUUGCUGCAUAUUCAAAGGAACAUGUGGUGGUUCGGCUUCCCAAAACUGCAGUUAUUUCGAAAGUCCAAAUUAUCCUGACUAUUAUCCAGCUGGAGGAAUGGUUAUCGUACCAACCACAAUGGCACCGCCUGCUACAACAAUCAAUCCUUCACCAACCCCCGAUCCUAGGAUCUACUGGAAUUUUUUUAAUAAUGAACUAGCACGACAAAGUACAGAUAAUACGUUGUCGUGCAUUUUCAGCGUAUAUAAAGUGUCUGACAGUGUUACGAAGAUGAAGAUUGACUUUUUGGAUCUUGAGUUGGCUGGCGCCACAAAUGGAACCUGUACCGUUGAAAGUUUAGUGAUCACUGGACAAAGUUCAAAUUUUGUGGUACCACCCAUAUGUGGAUAUAACACGGGCAAUCAAAAUAACUUGAAUUAUGCGAUCUGCAUUAAAAAGCAGCCUGGAUACUGUUCUAUAACCUAUACCAAUGUAAUGAAUGGUGUUGAAUUUCCAUUUAAUUUGGUAAAUUUUGCAAAUGGAGUCACUACAGUACCAGUAGGAACAGCAGGAGUGGGAAUCCUUGAUUGCCCUAACGAUUACAUAGUUAUUGAUGGCACCAGCUUGUGUGGAUAUAAGUUCAACGAUGGAUCAGUCAAUUCCAAUUUAUCUGUCAAUGCUCCAGUAACAGGUAAGCUAAAUUUAAGAAUAUGGAAUAUAAAUAACUAUUAG